AUAAAGUUAACUGUCAAAAAGACAAUUUUACAAAUAUAAUAUACUAUUUUUAAAAGUCAUUGCUUCUCUUACUAUAAAUUAAUUUAGAUUUGUGAAUUAAAGAAUUUUGAAGAUGGAUUUAGCUUUGUACUCCAAACAACCUAAGGCUACCCAAUUAGAUAUUAACAUCAAUCCUGGGGGACCAACUCAAAAAAAUGCUCUUUCUCAAUCAAGUAACGAUCAUGUAUUAAAGCUAGCUCAAAAAGAUUACGAUAUGAAUCAUCACAAUAUAAAUAUGCAAAUACUGAGGAAUCGUGAUGGAUUGCACGCACCCUUAAAGUUGUCGAUGGAGAUAGCUUCGGCAAAAAAAAUUGGAAGAUUACCUUUUUUGCCAUCAAGCAAUGUUAUGUUGGAUGUUUUAACUGGACGUGACGAAAUAAUUGAUUUCUCAGAUUACUUAGGCACAGAAGAUACUUUUGAAGAUCUUCGACAACCACAUGCGGUAGUCGAAAAACACUUGGGUGUAUUCGAGUGUCGUUAAUUUUUUAUACAAGAAAAUACAUAAUACAAAUAUCUUUCAAA